AGAACAAAUCUAUAACACAGUUCUAGAAUAGUUCUAUAACAAAAUGAUAACAACUGUUCUAGAACACUGUUACCUUUUUGUUAUAGAACAGUUCCAGACCGUGCACACUGGGUGUUUUAUUAACGUUAAUUGUCAAAUUUUUCUCCUGGGCAUAUUCCUUCAAAACUUCAAUUAUUUUUUUCAUCUUUAUCACAUUAUCGGUCAUGAUCGCUAUAUCAUCUGCGAACGCUUGUAUUACAAUUUCUUUUGAAUGAAUAAUUGAAACCCCCCCUUACCCCCUUAUUUAUCUUGAGCUAGCUCAGCAUCCGCUGGACUAAUCAAAAGGUGCACCAUACAUUUUUUAUUCAGAACUUUCUUCUAACUACUUUGGCGGUAUUCCCGGACGAUUAUCUCGCAAAUUUAAUUUUUCGGAAUUUUUUCCAAAUUUGUUUUCUAGUUUAGCUCAGCAUCCGCUGGACCAAUCAAAAAGUGCGCCAUACAUUUUUUGUUCGAGACUUUUUGCUCAUUUUUUUGGCGGUAUUCCGGAGUGAUUAUCUCGAAUAUUUUAUUUUUCUACAUUUUUUCCGAAUUUGUUUUCUAGUGUAGCUCAGCAUCCGCUGGACCAAUCAAAAGUGCGCCAUAAAUUUUUGUUCAGAACUUUCUUCUAACUACUUUGGUAGUAUUCCGAAUCAAUUAUCUCGCAAAUUUAUUUUUUCGAAAAUUUUUCCAAAAUAGUUUUGAGUGUAGCUCUGCUUCAGUGAAGAAGUAAAAAAACUAAUUUGGAAAAAUUUUCGAAAAAAUAAAAAACUAAACUUUUUCCAAGCUUCAUUGAGAACUUUCUUCAUACUACUUUGACUGUAUUCCCGAACGAUUAUUUCGCGAUUUUAAUUUUUCCAAAUUUUUUUUGGAGUGUAGUUCAGCAUCCUCUGGACCAAUUAAAGAUUGCGCCAUAUAUUUUUUAUAGACAACUUGCGGGUUAAGACUUUGGUGCUAUGCCGGAAUGAUUAUCGCUGCAAAACGGCUGGAAUUAAAAUGAAUUAAAAAAAAGAAUUUCCCCAAAUAGCAAGUUUGCAGUGCAAGGUUUGAAAGUUUGUAAGAAAAGUAAAACAGCAACUCUUUUUUGGAAAAAUUGUGAUUUUUGAUCAUGGCAUCUGUUAAAUGUUUUGUGCUUUUCUUUACCCUUCUACUUGUUGCUCACUCUUUUGCUCGUCCAGGUGGAAACACUGGAGGAAAAGGAAGCAAUGGAGAAAGUGGAAGCAAUGGAAGAAUUGGAAACAAUGUGGGAAAUGGAAACAACAUAAGCUAUAUGAACAAAGGAGGAAAUAGUAACAAUGUUGACAAUGGAAAUGUUGGAAGCAAUAACAACCAAAAUGGAGGUCAUAUUGUUUCGAAUAUCCAAGGAGAAAGAGGAAAUGGACUCAGAAUAACAAAUGAAAUAUAUGGAAAUGAAUGCAAUAAUAAUUGUUAAAGUCGAUCAUUUUGGGAACGCAAUAUAAAUUCAUAAUAUUAUCCUGACUAAUGUUUCUCAAAUUUUCAUAUUUACAAAUAUUAGAAUCAAAUUUAUAAUAAUGUAAAUAAUUUUCAAACAAGAAGUAAAUAAAAUCUGUUAGUA